AUGCAACUAAUUUACAUUUUAUCCUUCCUUUCAUUUUUAGCAACAAUAUACUCUUAAUCUCUCUAAUCAGUAGAUUCUUUCAUUUAAACAAAGGAAAGAAUCUUAGCACUAAACGAAGAAAGUACAAAUAAUUUUGGGAUUGUUUUUGGAAUUUGGUCUAAGUAUAAUCCCUUAAAUAAAAUACCUUAAGGAGAGAUUAUUGAAUUGAUGGAUAGUAAUUGUUUUCAUUACAUGAAUUUUAUGAGGGAAUCUUCUAAAGAAUUAGAAAUAUUAUAUUAUGAUUGCCUUUACCCUGAAACCUAAAUAAUUCAGAAGGUUCUAGCUUACAAUACUGCUGAUGGAUUCUAACAUGUUCAUAAAGUGGAGAUUGACCCAUUGGAGUAUGAGAAUGUUUGGUAUUUAUUUGAAUUACUUUAUUCACCAUCCACUAGUAAGCUUGAAAUAAUAAUGGUUAAAGGAGAUCAAUUUGUAUUGCAUAAGUUGUUAGAUGUAAAUAUAAUCAAAACAGAAAACCUAAUUUUAACAGUUGGAAGCGGUCUUAUUGUACAAAAUUCUAAUAUACAAUCUAUCCAUGUUGGAUCAAAAUUUUCAUAUUUCCCAGGAUAAAUGAAAUUACUCAGAGUUAAUCAGAGUGUAGUGGUAAUGUUAGAUUCUUAAAUAUUGGGAAAGGCAGUAUAUGUAUUAUUUUUUGAUACAAUAUCUGUAUAAUAGUGCCAAGAAAAUAAUUAAUAUUUAUUAUAAGAUCAAGACUUGACUUGGUUGGAUGCAUAAACUUUCCUCUCCCAAAACAUAAACACAAAUUCAUUUACAUUGUUUGGAUGGUACUAAAUCAAAGAAAUUCAGAAAAUCGAUGAUAAGUUCACUUAUUAAUUUUUGAAGAUAUCACCAAAUUUUGAAAAUGAGCAAAUCUCUAAUCCUUAUUUAUCACCCUUUUAGUUGUUCUAUCAAAUAUCUUCUAAUAAUGAUAAUAAAAUUUUAAUUACAACUUAUAGUUAUUAAUUUCCCUCUAUUACUUCAGAUUUAUCCAAUAAUCUGAUUUCAAAAGAGUUUGAUAUAUUACAUAAGCUUACUUUUUGGCAUAAUUUGCUCAUUACAUUAGUAGAUGAUUAGAUCUUUAUUUCUAUUAAAUUUUAUGACUCUUAUGAUAUUUAAGAAUACUCUGUUUCAUAUAAAGUAAAAUAAUUCCAUAACGUAUAAUUUUAAUUGAAAUAUGGAAAUUUAGAAGAGUCAUCAUUAAAUUACCUUCAUAUUUAAACUAAUAAUUAAUAAUUUUAUAAUUGUUAAAUUGAAAUAGAGCAAUAACAUUGCCAUUAUACUUGCAAGUAUUGUGAUGGUCCAACAAAAACAGAUUGUCUUAUGUGCUCUGAGGAAUCAUCAAGAAUAUAUCUAUCAGAAUAUAAAUCAUGUAUAUGCCCCCAUAAUUACUAUGAUGAUAAAGAGAAAUAGAAUUGUAAAUCAUAUGCUGAUUUAGAACUAAAAAUAAAUCAAAUACAAAUAGAAAAUGGUUGUAAAUUUGGGUAUUUUGAGUACGAUGAUUAAUGUUAGGCGUGGUAAAUAUUUAAUAAUAUGAAGUCCUUCUAUAAUUUCUAAUUAAUUAACUACAUGCAUAGAAUGUAUAAAAAAUGUCAAGGGAUGGAUGUAAAAUGCAUAUUGCUAAACCACUCUUUACAAAGAUACAAAUGGAAAUACAGUAAAAACAAUAUCUGAAGAGGAAUACCAAUACUAUAUUUUUGAUGGUUUUGAAUGUUAAAUUUGUAGAUUUUGCGAUUAAUAAUCCUUGUCAAAUAUUAAUAAUAUUUACAAAGAUUUCAAUUUUAUUGUUUCAAAAUUUAACUCAUUUUGCUAAACAAGCAAAACCUUAUUUGAUACAACAGUUGACAUAUAUACUUGCUAUGCUUGUAAUUUACCAAAUUGUAAUGUUUGUUCCAUAGAAAUUACUGGAAUUAAAUGCAUUUUAUGCGAAAUCUCUUUUACCUUAAUAAAUGGAAUCUGUACAAAUGAAUUUGAAUUUCAAAAACAUAAUUAUAGCUGUGCUUCCCCUUAAUACAUAAAUUCACUUGGAGAGUGUAAAAAAUGUCAUCUGACAAAUUGCAAAUAUUGUUUUGAAUUUAACAAAAACGAUUUAUCAAAAUGCACUCUAUAUGCUAAUUUUGAUAAAUUUGAAUUAGAUGAAAACUUAUCUGUUGGAUGUGCAUUUUGUGAAGAAAAUUUUAUUUUUGACUUUACUAUUGGCUCAUGUAUUUAUAAAUUAUAAACUUUGCCUAAUUGCUUAAGAUCUUAUAUUAACUUUUAGAAGUAAGAGAUAUGCACUUUAUCAUCUACUGAUUUUUCUUUUGCACCAGAAAUAAUAAAUUGUGAAAAGCUUAUAUAAAAUUGUUUAUAAUGUCUUUUGACCCCUUAAUCUGUAGUAAAAUGUAUCAUUUGUGAAAGUGGAUUUACCACUUCUAUAAAUCAAGGAGACUGUUACUCAAAUUCAUUUGAUGAUGCAAAGGUAGUUAUUGAAGGCUAGAUAUAAAUUUACGAUGCUUGGGUUUAGAGAGUAUAAAGUUUUAUGAUGAGAUUUCUACCAGACUCAUAUUUUUACUUUAGACCUUACGACGAAUAAGCUGUAAUCUAAUAUUAGAUUGAAUGUAAAGAAGGGUACAAAUUAAAUGAUUAUUCUGAAUGCAAACAGUAUUGCUCUUCUGAUUGUUUGAAAUGCUAACUAUCAAUUAAUUCUGAAUUUUUUUCCUGUGUAAAAUGUCCAUUGAAUAAAUACUAUUAACCUAUGUUAAAGGAAGAAAAUGGAUAAUGUAUAGAAUGUCCUGAAUUAUGUGAAGUGUGCGAAGAAAGAUCGGAAGCAGAAAUUUAUGUAAGCAAAUUAAUUAAUUUUAGAAUCUAAAUCCAAACUUUAAGAUAAGCGAAUUAAACGCAAAAUAUAUAACCAAAUGUAUCAGAAAAAUUUCAAAUCCAAAUGUACAUAUUGAUCCGUACUUUUUGAUUGCUAAAUAUUGUUUUGCGGCAAAUUGCAAUUAAGAAAUUACUAUUGAGUUAGUUAAUAAUUUUGAUAUCGAUUCUUAGGUUAAUGUCUAAUAUUUUAACUAAAUAGGAAUCACUAAUUUAUCUAUUUUAAUUAAUAAGAAAAACGAUAUUACCUCUGAUAACAAUGUUAUGCAAAGGACAGAAUUGAAAUCAGAUAUUUUUAGUCUAAGAUUUAUCAGGCUUGUAUUAAAUUUUUACGAAAAUAAAGUUAAUUCUGUUAUGUUAAAUGGCUUUGACUUUAUAGAAAUAAAUGAUGCCCAUUUCUAAUUGAAAAGUUCUGAUCAUAUUUAAUUUGAAAAUGAAAACUAACAAGUGUCUCUAUAAUUAACAAAUAUUGCAAUCUAAUAAAGCUCAAUUUCUAAUGUUUAUUCAAUUUUCCAUUCAGAUUUACUUGGAGAUAUUACAUUGAAGAAUAUUUAAAUAAUGGAUUCAAAUUUUUCGAACACUUCACUUUUCAAUUUUAAUUAGAGUUAGUUUAGAGGAAUAAUAAAAAUUGAGAACAUUAGUUUCUAAUAAUGCAACUUUACAAAUUCGUAAUUAUUUGUAUUUUUUAACAAUCAAAUCAAAAUACAUAUUGAAAAAUUAGUGAUUGACUCAUGCUAAUUUGUAAAUUCUUCAUUUAUCACUCUCUUGACAGAAUGUAAGUUUGAUUGUUAAUUUAAAAUUGAUUAGAUAACAUUGACAUCUAACUAGCUUUUGUAAUCGUAUUUUUUAAAUAGCACUAGCCAUUAUCAACAACUUUAGAUAAUUAAUUUUAUUUUUGAACAAAAUUUGAUAGAAAUGUCGACUAUAAUAGGAAUUAGCUCCAAUAUAACUUUGCUUAAGGCAUAACUAAAUAAAAAUAACUUUAUUGAUUCUUAUUUUUUGACUGGUUCGUAGGAUGAUAAUAAGAGAAAUAUUAAUUUUAACAUAAAAAAUUUAUUAAUUCAUCAAAAUGAUUUUAAAAACUCUAUUUUAUUUUACGUUGAAUAAACUAUCAAUAAUCAAAAUUUAUAUGUAUAAUUAAAAUCCUUUAUAAUUUCAGAAAAUUUAGGAUUAAGUAAUUAAUAAUCAUAAAUCAUUUUAUUUUAUAUUCAAUGUUACCAAUUAGACAUUGAGAAUAUUUAGAUUAUUAAUUCAAAUAAUUUCCUUAUAUUCUAUCUUUUAGAAAUUAAUAAAUUGUUUGCUUCAAAUAUUGUGUAUGAAACUCUUGAAAUCAAUUAUAAAAUCAGCCCUAAUUUAAAUUGUGUGCAAUAGAAUUAUUAUGUACAAAAUUCACUCCUUUUUAUUCAUGGAUUCAAUAAUAUUAUCAUAAACAACAUUAAAAUUUAUUAAUAAUUAAGUUUUGACUAAUCAUUGUUGCAGAUAUAAUCAAGCAGAAAAAAUUUAUCAGUUUAGAACAAUAUUUUUCAGUUGACAAAUUUAUAGUUUAUAGGAAACUUGUUAAUCAAAUAGUCAUUAACCAGUAUUUCCUCUCUAAUUACAAUAGAAUCAGAAUAUAUAUCUCACAUAAAAUUGGAAAAUUCAGUUUUUGUAAGAAAUUUCUUACAUUCUUAUUCCAUCUCUUCUUUAGAAUGGUCAAUAAAGUUAAUUUCAAUAAUUUCAUAGGCAGGACUCAUUGAGAUUACAAAUUUUUCUUGUUAGGAGAACGCGCUAACUAAUUCAUCAAAUUCAUUUCUAUCAUUUCAAUCAAAAAUAAUCCGAUUAACAAAUUAUAGCAUCACAAACCUUAAUGUAUUACCCUAAGAAACAUGGAAAUUAUAUUAUGAUAUUUAGAUAGAUAUGGCUUAAUAUGAUUAGGAAGAAACCAAUCUAAUCAUUUAAUAAAUUCUCACAAUAAAAUGCAAAAGUGGAGCAGGGCUAAUUACAUCAUCAACCUUUUUCUGCUUUAAUUGUUUAUUUGAGAAUAUAAUAGGAUAAAAGAGUUAGAUAUUUGAAAUAAGGAUUUAAGAAGAAGGAGAUAUCUAAUUUAUAAAUCUAACAAUAAGUUCAUUAGAAUAUGAUUUAUCUUAAAUAAUAGAUAGUUCAGGUUGCAUUACUAUUGAUUCUUCUAACAGUUUACUUAAUUUAAAAAUCUUUAAUGCAAUAUUUUAAAAUGUAUUCAAUCGAAUGGCUGCGUCAAUUUUUACAAUAUUUCCUUCAGUAUUUAAGAAUGAAAUAAAUAUUUAAGAUGUUUUAAUCAUGAAUUCAAUUUCAUUAUAGAAUACAAUAAUCAAUUUGUAAUUUUCAUCGUAAAAUUUAAACUAAAAUAGAGUAAUUAUUAGAAAUAUGACAAUAUAAUAAGAUCAAGAUAUUUGGAUUAAGUAUUUGAAAAAGCUUGAAAUGAUUACCUAAUCUGAAAUAGAAGAUAUAUCUAGCACUUCUAUUGCCUUGAUUCAAUUAAAAAAUUGUUAAGUUGUUAUGCAAAAUAUUCUCAUUUAAGGAAUUUUUAGCUUUACUUUAAUCAAAUUGAUUAAUAUUUCAAAAUUGUUUAUUUAUUAAUUUUAGAUGAAUGAUGUUACAACAUUUUCCUAAUUCAGUUUAUUUGAAUUAAAAUAGGAUUUAUCAAUAAAGUAAACCAUAGAAAUUAAAUUCUUCUCAAUAUAAUAAUUUAAAAUUUAUGAAUACUCAGAUAAUCCAAUCAUCUUCAAUCCUAAAAUUAAGUACAUGAACUUAGAUUGCAAUUAAGUUGAAAAUACCUUAAAUAACCCCAUAAUUUACAAUUUUUAAGAUUUCUUUGGCCUCGCAUAUCAAAAUUGGAGACCAAGGUCGAUUAUUGACAUUUAAACUAUUUCAAAUGAGACUAUCUUAUUACUGGAUAAUAUUCUUUUUUCCAAUAUUCAUUGUGCCAUAUGCACAAAUGGAAUAUUUUACUUAAAUAUGGAAAAUUAUAGUUCCAUAAUAAUAAGAGAUUUAAUGUGUAAAUCAAAUAUUAUUUAAAGUUAUGGAUGCCUAAAUAUUGUAUCACAAAUUGGAUAAAAUUAAAAAUUAAAGAUUUUGAAUUCUAACUUUAUUUCUAAUUUUGGUGGUACUGAUGGUGCAGCUCUACAUUUAACUAACAUUUCCAUAAGUAUUAUAUAGUGUAAAAUCCUAAAAAAUAGUAAUGUAGCCCAAGGUGCCUUAGAUCUAGAAAUAAAUCAAUAGGCUUUGGUGAUAUAAGACACUAUAAUUUUAGAUAAUGAGGCAAGCAAUGGGCCUGGAAUUUGUCUCCAUGGUGAAUUUAACAUCUAAUAGGAGAAUUUGAUUAGAACCUACUUGUAUUUCAACAGGGAUGGUUACAAUUAGAACAAUAUAUUUGAAUUUCCAACCCAUUUAAGCUUAUUUAUCAAUUCUUAAGAAAUGUAAUCAGAGGAACUUAUAAUUAACAAUAUAACAGUUAGAACUCUUCUUUUAAAACCUUAUAAAAUAAUAGAGCAAGGAGUUUUUAAAAUAAGUUCAAAUCUGAUGAUCCCUAGUGAUUAAACAAUCAACUAGUAUAAAGUUUAUAUUCCUGCAUUACAAAUAAGUAUGAAAAAUUUUGAUGACUUUUCAAUAAAAUUAAAAAAUAGCAGAAAUGAAUUGGUGGUAAAUUAAUAGCUUUUCAAAUGCCAAAUCUCAUAAACAACUUUAGAAUUAAAUUAAGACUUUUAUCUAAACGAAUCUCAAGUGAUUUCCAUUCUUGAAACAGAUGAAUUUGGAUAUUCUUUUGAUUUAGGAUCUGUUUCAUUUCAUUUAAAUCCAUUUCAAGCCGAAACUCAAAGUUUGCAGAUCUUAAUUAAUUGUUCAAUAGAGUUUUCAAAUAAAAAUUUAUACUAUUUAAUUAAAGCCAGUACAUAUAAAUGUUAAUUGGGAGAAUUCUAUAUUGACGAAGGAUGUUAAAUUUGUGAAUCAAUUUUUGGAUUUUAUUCAGUAACAUAUAAUGUUACUAAAUGUUCAAUAUUCGAUAAAAUGAAAUUCGCAAAUAUCACAUCAAAUUCAAUAUAAUUAUUAGAAGGUUAUUGGAGACCAAAUAAGUACUCUGAUUAUACAGAAAUUUGUUUAAAGAAUUUUAAAUUCUGUAAGGGGGGUUGGACAGUUGGUAAUGAGCUUUGCAGUCUAGGACAUAUUGGAGGUUUGUGUGAAGAAUGUGAUUCGCAUAAUAUAAGAGGAGAUGGAUAAUUUUUUAAGAAUUACUAAAAUGCUGAAUGUUUUAGUUGUUCAACUAAUACAUUUAUAUCCUUUACUUUUACUUCCCUUUGGUAUAAAUAUAUUAAAUUAUUAAAGGGCUAUCAUUAUGAUAGUGGUAACGUUAAGAAGUAUUGAAAAAUCUAAUCAAUUAUUCUUUUAUUGUAAGCUAACCUUUAAACCAUCAAUUAGCAAAAUCAUUUUUAAAUUGGGUUAAGGUAUAUUAUAAUUGUAAAAUUUAGAUAUGGAAAGUAUUUUUAUUAAAAUGGUUCUCAAUUAUUUAUGGAUAUAUUCUGUCAUUUUUACCUUUAAUAUUAAUUUCUCAAUUUCCCUUUCUCUAAUUGAAUCCACUAGUAAUGCUUCAUAGUUCAUGGCAUUUAGUCUCGAUUGUUUUUUAUCAACUAUUUUUAAUCAAGAACUCAUUUAUGUUAGGAUCAUUACUACUUUUUUAUUAAUUCUAUGCUAGUUUAUAAUUAUUUAGUUUGGAUAUCACCUUUUUACACUGGUCUCAAAGGGAAAAUUCAAAACCAGCUUUAUUUCAAAUACAGUAUUAUACCUUUAUGUGUCAAAUUACUCCAGCCUCAUAAAAUAGUAUUAAAAAGUUAUAAUUAGAUUUUGUUCUAUUGUGUCAGCAAGAUUAAUAUCAAACGUUUAAUAUCUUUAAGGAGAUCUUUCAUUGAUAUAUGGUUCCUAAAAUCAUUAUUAAUGGAUGUAUUUAUUUGCUAUUCCUGGAUUGGCGAUAUUUGGAUUGAUAAUUCCAUUGUUUUUUUUCUUUCUUCUAUUCAUGAAUAAGGGUUAACUUGUAAAUAUCAAAUUUAGAAGACAUACAUGUUAUUUAUUCAAUGAAUAUAAUUAAGAGAGUUUCUUUUGGGAAUAAAUUAAGUUUUUCAAAAAGACUAGCAUAAUCCUUGUUAUGACAUAUUUUGAAUCCACUAUAUUAUUUAAAGCUUCUUUAUUGGGGUUAUGCUUACUAGUCUAUUAAUUAAUGGCGGCAAAGCAAUAACCAUACAUUCUAUCAAGUUUAAAUAACCUCGAUCUUUAGACAGGUUAAAUUUGUUCAAUUGUUAUUUUCAUUGCAACUGCUAAGUAUGUGAGCGAACAGUAAACAGACAAUAUUACCUCCCAAAUUUUGCAAGUUAUGCUAAUACUUCUAUUUAUUAAACUAUGCUCCUUAUUUAUUUUUGAUAUUUUUAGAGGCUAUGCUAAAAAAUAUAAAAUCUCAAUUCUUACCUUAAUGCAUCAAUUUUUGCAAGUCAUAGCACCAAAUUCAGGGAAAACAAAAUCACUAAGCAUUGUACUUACUUAAUUCAAACAAAAAUAAGUUAGGCUAAAAUUUAAUUAUUAAAUUUUAAGAAAAGCCUCAUAAGAGUGUAUUAAAAAUUAAAAGUAGUUUAAUAUUCUAUAACUUAGAUGUAAUUGUUAAGGAACUAGAAAUUAAAGCUUACCAUUGAGAUAUUAAUAAUAUGAAACAUCUCCAACGAAAUACCUUUUAACAAUUGAACAAUGAC